AUGUCAAAUGGAUUGGGAAUUAAAGAGUUAAACAAGCUCCCUCAUCUACAAGGUAAACUUUCCAUUUUGAAGCUACAAAAUGUUGUUAAUUCGAAGGAUGCUUUAGAGGCAAACUUGAGGAAGAGAGAGAGAAUUGAGGAAUUAAUGUUAAAAUGGGAUGGUGAUACUCAAGAUUCACGGAUUGUGAAAAAUGUACUUGACAUGCUGCAACCAUCAACAAAUUUACGAAGAUUGACAAUCGACUAUUAUGGUGGCAGAAGCUUUCCAAAGUGGGUGGGAGAUUCUCAAUUUAUGAAUAUUACCUUUUCACUCCCACCAUUUGGACAGUUGCCUUCUCUUAAAGAGCUCUUUAUUAGAGGAAUGGUAUCAGUACAAAUAGUUGGGCGUGAGUUCUAUUGUAGCAAAGCACAAUCCUCUUCAUUUCAGCCAUUUCCCUUCUUGGAAAUUCUGGAAUUUGAAAAUAUGCCAGUUUGGGAGGAAUUGAUACCAUAUGAAGUUGAAGAUGUCAAAUUCCCUUUUCCUUGUCUCAGACAGUUGCUUUUAUCUUCUUGUCCUAUGUUGAGGGGAGGUAUGCCCAUUAAACUUCCAUCACUGACAAAGGUUUAUAUAUCAAAUUGUAAACAGUUCGAGGCAAAAUCAUCAGCUUUGCAAUGGAUUACAUCUACUGAAGAAUUAAAAAUUUUAGAAGGGGGACAAGGUUUAUUGAGAGCUCUUGAUAAUUAUUCUCUGAACUCUCUAAAGCACCUAACAAUAAAAAUGUGUUACAGUUUGCAAUCUUCGCCAAGAAUGAUAAUGAGUUGCCAUCAUCUUCAAGAGUUGUUUCUCAUUGGCAUCCCGUCAAUCAUGUCCUUCCCAACUGACAGCUUGCCCGCUUCUUUACAACGACUUCAAAUUCAAGACUGGGAAAUUAAAAUUCCUUCCUCAGAAUGUUGGCGAAGCCUUACGUCACUUGAAGAAUUGAUGAUUGAUAAUAGUUGUCAUCCAUUGGCAUCCUUUCCAUUAGGCUGUUUUCCGAGGCUUAAAUGA